UUCUGAAUGUCAGGACGCCUUGGGUAUGGAAAGGGGUGAAAUUUCUCAUGAUCAAAUAAGUGCCUCUUCAGAGUACGGCUAUGUUAAUGCUGCCGAGUAUAGCCGACCUAAUGUCGAUUAUGGUCAUGGAUCGUGGUCAGCUUUACAGCUAGAUCAGAAACAAUGGCUUCAAGUUGACCUAAUAACUUACUGUACUCAAGUCACGGGUGUGGCAACACUAGGAAGAGCCAGUGAUAGGUUCAAUCAGUGGGUGAAAUCGUACCACUUACAAUACAGUAAUGAGACAGAUACCUUUGAAAACUACAAGGUAUCAUCACCAAACUCAACGGAGAUUUUCCCAGGAAAUACAGACAAUACCAGCGUUGUGUCACAUGAUUUAAAUCCACCAAUCAUAGCACGUUACAUCCGUUUCCAGCCAUUAACGUGGGAGAGUCACAUAUCAAUGAGAGUGGAGCUAUACGGCUGUCAAGGAAAUGAGUCUGGCAACAGCUCUUUUCGUUGGACACAAUGGAGUGAAUGGAGCAUUUGCAGCAAGUCAUGUGAUCAGGGUGUACAGUUUCGUAACAGGACUUGCGUAUCACCGUGUAAUUGCAGUGAGAGUUCAUAUCAGCAGAACAGAAGCUGUAUCUCUCAAGGUUGCCCAGACUCACCGGAUUCAACGUUAGAACAACCAUCAAACAUGAUCACUUUAAAAACAAGCCCCAGCUCUGUAGCAGUCCAAUGGAAACCUUACACCGGUAGAUUCCAUUUGGUGGCCUACCGCGUGUUAGUGCUCCGCAUGAGAGCAGGGAAGAGUAGGAAGAUACGGUCGACAUCAAACAUGGCGGGCGAGCUGCUAAGGAACUUUACGGUUGGCCCUAAUGUCACAUCUUGUGAGAUUGGAAAUCUGUCAGCGUUCACCAAGUAUUGUGUCCGCAUUGGAGCCAUUACCUUGGAAUCCGGGGAUGAAAGUCUCAGUGACUGUUAUUACCUUUCUACAGAAAAAGAAGAAGUGUCCCUUCCGCCUCCACCAGAAGCAAACGCCACCACUAAUGGAUCCUCAUCAGUAACUGUCCAUUGGAAACCUAUGCUUAACCAGACAAUACUAGGAUAUAUCAUUUUCAUUCGCGAUACUAACAGGACAAUAACUGUUGGAUGGUGUGUGACGAAAAUCACCGUGGAGUCCAGUGGCUGUGUCGAAAUGGCAAGUUUCACUACUGCAGGGUGGGGAAACACCACAGGGUGUCUUCAGGCAGAGAAUUCAGUAACAACAGCAACGCCAGUGUCACCAGAACCAGUGCCAGUUGUUAAUGAGACUGCUCCAAAGAUCACUGCAUCGAUAAGAAAAUCGCAAACAACCAUACUGGUCAGGUGGGAUCCAAAGACAAUUUCUGGUGUCAAAGGAGAAAUUAUUGGAUACGAUUUGGAGUUUAAACUCAUUGAAGUUAAUGGAAUUCCAAAAAAGGAUGCUUUAUGGAGGUCCUUGAUAUUCGGUUGUCAUCAGUUUAAAACAGAGUACAAUCUUACAGACCUUUUACCAUUUGCACGGUAUAAGAUAAAAAUGGCUGUAUUCACCUCAGAAGGUGUUGGAAAAUACAGUGAGGCUGUGUAUGGAGUGACUUGCGCGUGCGCGGAGUUUAUCACAGCUCGUUCGAAUUCGCACUCACAGCUGGAUAUUAUCACUUCCACUUUGACAAAAGUCAUAUCGGACCUUCUCUUAGACACUUGUGGUAAAUGCGAGGAUUACACAACAAAACUUAUUUAUAGUAAUAAGAGUGACGAUGGCAAUGGACUUGAUUUCCCAGUCAGCAAAACCUCAUUUGGGCAGAGUGAAUACAGCAGGUUUGUGCCAGUGAUUACAGUUCCAGGAGUAUUGGUGAUAACAAGGAAGUCAGAUCUAGGCCUGGUGCUGACCCAACUGGCAAGCGGCUCGGUUCUAUCAUCGUGGCCUAUCGCAGUGGUAACUGUAGUGACGGCUACAUUAGCGGGAAUAGUUAUCUGGUGUUUGGAUUCCAAGGAAAACUCUGAACAAUUUCCCCAUCAGUUCGUUAAAGGAGCUGGUCAAGGAUUCUGGUGGUCAUUUAUUUCUAUGACAACUGUCGGGUAUGGUGAUCUUUGUCCGAAGUCUAUACCUGGCAAAUUAUUCGCUAUAGUCUGGUUUCUUAUCGGCCUUGUGAUCUUCUCCGUUUUCAUGGGAACUUUAACUUCACUGCUGACUGUUACCACUGUCAAGAAAACUAUUGGAUCACCGCAAGGAACAGAUAUGAAAACGGUUGCAGUUGUGGCUGAUUCGCCUGAAAAACGUGUUGCAAUUGGUUCUCUUAGUGGCAAAGUCACUGUUGGAAAACAAUUUCCAGAUGUAGAACAUCUUGUGAGGGCUUUAAACGACGGUGCAGUUGAGAGCAUUCUGGUAGAUAUGUACACGCCGGUGAAACGAAAGGAUUUGUUUAAUGGUUCCUGGUAUGAAAUUUUCAAAUUACUAGAGGCUGAGAUCUCUCAUGGCGUUCUUCUACAUGGCCAAACUGUUAGCCUGGUGGAAGAAUUGAAGAAAUUGAUCAUUGCUAAAAAUGUACAGACAGAAUAUUUACAAGAUGCAAGUGCAGACCCGGAAGUUGAGGAGAAAGUUUUAGAGGAAGAGCCUGUAACAUUUUUUGAGCCAGAAAGUCCCUAUUUUCGUACCACCAUGUACACAACUCUAGCAGCUCUGGGAGUGUGUUUGUGCUGCGGGAUGCUGUACCAAGCGCUUUUCUACAAAAGAAGGCGUGCACUUGGCAAUAAUAUCAAUAGUAACGCUGUCGUCCCUAAAAAUACUGCUUCUGCUGCUGAUUUGGAAACAGCCGUUGAAGAAUUUUACUCAUCGUUUACUUCAACGUACAAGGAACUAAGAAGAAAAUUCAAGGCUGAGUUGAUACAACUGGAGAAAAUCAAGCGACAAGGGGGGAAAAACUUGAUGCUAAAGAACUUUCAGAUAUUUGAAUCUGAAGCGUAAAUUUUUUUUAACACUUUUGUAAGCAUAUAAUUAAUAACAGCAAUAUUCGCUACACUUUGUACAGCCAUGACUUGAAUUUGUCGUUCAUGAUUUCUACAGCCAGCUUAUUCGUAAGGUGAUUUUGCCGCCAGGCCACUCGCAUGACUGUCUAAACCCAUCUAUCUGUAGCACCUUUCCGUGGUAAUGCGUUUGUUCUACAAAUUGCAAUAGUACAUUGUUUGAAAUUAAGAUAUUGAUUGAUUGCAUUCCCAAUUGCCACUUGUCAUGAUUUGGUAAUCAUUUUGAGGUUAAUGAUGUACAUGUUUUUAUAUUACACGAUUUGCCAGGGAACACCAUAAUGAUGGUGGACUUAACCUUAGUAGUUUAAACGGCAUUAACGAUUCAUAAUAAAGCCUUUGUAGUACA